CAUUGCUGGAGAAACCCAUCAGCAAAAGGCGAGACAGUGAAGCUGUACAGAAGGCCAAGAUCCUUUACGCAUCCUGCAUGAACGAGAAUAAAAUUGAAAAAGCCGAUAUGAAACCCCUGUUAAGUAUACUGAGGCAUUCACCUUUCCGCUGGCCUGUACUGGAAUCCAACAUUGGACCUGAAGGGCAGUGGUCAGAAAGGAGGUUUAGCUUAGUCCAAGCCUUGGCAACCCUUCGUGGUCAAUACAGCAACUCUGUCUUCAUCCGUUUAUAUGUGGCUGCUGAUGACAAAAUAUCCAAUCAGUAUAUCCUGAAGCUCGAUCAAGCGACCCUGUCCCUUGCGUCUCGAGAGGAUUACCUAGAAAACACCACAGAAGCUAAAUCUUACCGGGAUGCCUUUUUGCAGUUCAUGGUUGAUACAGCAGUGCUUCUGGGUGCAAACGCUUCACGAGCCGAAUCUGAUAUGAAGUCAGUUCUAAGACUGGAAGUUAAAAUAGCUGAGAUCAUGAUCCCAUAUGAAAAUCGAACAAGUGAGGUGAUGUACAACAAAAUGAACGUAUCGGAGCUGAGUGCCAUGAUUCCACAGUUUGACUGGCUGGGGUACAUCAAGAAGGUGAUUGACACCAGACUCUAUCCUGAGCUCAAAGAUAUAGGUCCUUCAGAAAAUGUGAUUGUCCGUGUUCCCCAGUACUUCAAAGAUUUAUUCAGGAUACUAGAAAAUGAAAGGAAAAAGACUCUUGCCAACUAUCUGGUGUGGAGGAUGGUUUAUUCAAGGUUAUUUAACCUCAGUAGACGUUUUCAGUAUCGGUGGCUGGAAUUUUCUCGGGUGAUCCAUGGAACCACAUCUUUGCUGCCCCAGUGGGAUAAAUGUGUGGACCUCGUAGAAAGCACGCUCCCUUACGUUGUGGGCAAGCUGUUUGUGAAUGCCCAUUUUCAAGAAGACAAGAAAGAGAUGAUGGAGGAGUUGACUGAAGGAAUUCGCUGGGCUUUUAUUGACAUGUUGGAAAAGGAAAAUGACUGGAUGGACUCUGAAACAAAAAGAAAAGCUUAUGAGAAGGCAAAAGCAGUUAUGGCAAAAGUGGGUUACCCUAAGUUUAUAAUGAAUGACACAUAUAUUAAUGAAGACAUCAAAACACUGAAGUUUACAGAAAGUGACUAUUUUGGCAAUGUGUUGCAAACUCGCAAAUACGCAGCCCAAUCUGAUUUCUACUGGCUUAGAAAAGAAGUUCCAAAAACAGAGUGGUUUACAAGCCCAACUACUGUAAAUGCUUUUUAUAGUGCAUCUACCAACCAAAUCAGAUUUCCAGCUGGAGAGCUGCAAAAACCUUUCUUUUGGGGAACAGAGUAUCCUAGGUCAUUAAGCUACGGUGCCAUAGGAGUAAUUGUUGGCCACGAGUUUACUCAUGGAUUUGAUAGCAAUGGUCGAAAAUAUGACAGAAAUGGAAAUUUAGACCCUUGGUGGACAACUGACUCGGAAGAAAAAUUUAAAGAGAAAACAAAAUGCAUGGUUAAUCAAUACAGCAAUUACUACUGGAAGAGAGCUGGCUUACAUGUGAAAGGCAAGAGGACUUUGGCAGAAAAUAUUGCAGAUAAUGGAGGUUUGCGAGAGGCUUUCAGGGCAUACAGGAGAUGGAUUGCAGAAAAGAGGGGAGGAGAAGAGGAGCCUUUACUGCCAGGCCUUGAGUUCACACACAACCAGCUUUUCUUUCUGAGUUAUGCCCAUGUGAGAUGCAACUCCUUUAGACCAGAAUCUGCGAGAGAGCAAAUCUAUAUUGGAGCUCACAGCCCUCCUCAGUUCAGAGUUAUCGGUGCCAUGAGCAACUUCGAAGAGUUCCGUAAAGCUUUCAAUUGCCCAACAAAUACAACGAUGAACCGAGGGGCAGAAUCCUGCCGGCUGUGGUAG